UUGAGCGUAGAGUCACUCGUCUUUAUAAUUUUUGGAAGGUUAUUAGUAUCUAUUUACAUUGAUGUGCAAUUACAGGAUGAUGAAACUAACCUCAAGACUGUUGAUGCGAUCGUAAUAAUUAAUGGAAAAGAAGACGUUGUAUAUAGCAAAACUGUUUCCUUACAUCUUUGGCUUUUCGGUUAUGAAUUGCAGGAUACCGCCGUUGUAUUCUGCUCUCAAGCUCUUUACAUAUUGAGCAGUAAAAAAAAAAUAGAAUUCCUUAAACCACUCGAAAGCCUUGUAGUCGAGGAUAUCCGGAUCAAGCUCCUGACGCGAGACCCGACUGACAAAGAUAAAGCAUCCAUAGACAAACUCAUUGAUGCUAUUUCAAAGAGCAAGGAGGGGAAAAAUAUAGGUCAUUUCGUCAGAGACAAAUUUGGUUCCGAUUUUGCAAAAUUAUUUGUUGCAGCGAUGAAGCCUAAAGAUUUUAAUUUUGUCGAUGUCUCGAGUGUGUUUAGUGAUCUUUUUGCAGUCAAGGAUAUUGCAGAAGUAGAUUCAAUAAAGAAAGCAAGUGAAGUUACUUGUACAGUAUUUACCAAGUACCUGAAAGAACAAAUAAUGGAUGUCAUAGAUGAGGAGAAGGCAAGUUUGAUGCUUUUAUCUAUUUGGUACAAGCCAUAA